AUGACUGAAAGAAGCUGGAAGCCACUGGGAAGUAUGGAUUGGCUCGACAACAAAAGGGCAAAGGCUCUGAGGGUCUCCAAUGACAGGGAAACAUUUCAGUUGAAGAAGAUUAGGCGAUCCCUUGAUUCCAUGAAGACGAUGAACGACAACCUGCUGAAGCAAGAGGAGAGAAAAGUGAGAAAGUGGCUCAAGAAACAAGCACAGAUCUCGCCCUCUACAUCCUAUAAAACGUUAUACUACAAGACAUCCAGCUAUCCUGCAUCCAGCCAAGAACAAAACACAGACACACGGCCAGCCUCUCGGAAAGAAUCCAUUAAUAUCCCAUGGACCCAGUUUGGUGACCAUCUGCCCAACUUUGUGAGCUUUCUGCGACUGCCAACCAAAAGACCAAGCAAUGACCGGAAGAAUUCCAAGGAUCCCACACCCUUCAGCGGAAUGGAUUUGCCCAUGCAAACCAUCUCAGCCAGAAAUGCCCAAAGAAACAGUGUUUACAAUGCAUUCCCACCUAACAGAGACUCCAGGAAAGGAAGCAGCCUCGGGCAACCUAGCCUGGAUAACAGCAUAUCGCUCCAAGAAGCGAUGGCAUUCUUUCCUUCCUUGCAAAGAUUGUCAACGAGAGGAGACCGGUUCUCACAGUCGACACUGCAUCUCCAUAAGCCAGUCUCCGGGUUCCCAUUGUUGCAGAAGAAGCUCCGGAGCAUGCUCAAAAAGGAAUGGGAGGAAGAGAAAUCAAAGCCACUAGAGCAGUUGCCUGAGAUUAAACCUGAAGAAUUUUUGAGCUGCAGGUAUCUCCGCUUGUCCCAGAGCAAUAUCAAUACCUUGCUGAAACUCUGCAAGGAAUCCGGGAUUUAUAUAGACUUGCACCCUCAUAUGAAAGAAUCGGACAUUGAUGUCAGUAAGGUGCUCUCAUCUAACCCCAGCAAGGCAUUGUAG